UUGUUAUAUCAACUCAGGUCGUGUUGACAGGCAACAAAGGGAAAAUGAAGGAAGUAUGACUCUUUUGAAAAACACGCUGAUCGAACUGGAAGCGCGUAUGGGUAACGGCGUGUACUUGUGGAGGAUCACUGGAUACGCACGUCAUCUGGAGAAUGCACGUGAUAAUGUCGUGACAGCGUUGCACAGUCCUCCAUUUUAUACCAACUUUUAUGGGUAUAAAUUUUGCCUCAGGUAAGUUCAUGUACGUCAUUCAAUAUAUUAUACAUUGAACUAAUGAUGUGGCAUUUUGCAUUAAAAAAUACUUUGAAAACACAACUUUUCUGUGGAAGAAUACUUUACCGGUAUGUAAAUUCGCACAAACCACAGGUGCGCGAAAUUAAAACUGGGAAAACAGUUAUGUGGUAGUUUUUUGUUUGAUCCCCACAAUAAAAGAAAAUUACGCGUUAUAAAUGAAUAUUUUCAACAUUGUGUCUUGAAAUUAUUUAUAGCAUAAUUACUACAUAUCAGAAUUGAUUGACAGACGCAUCAAUUUCAACCAAUGGAAAUUUUGCGUUGUGUGGGCAACGCGAAUUUCGUUUCUUGUUGGGUUGUCGGCAGUCCCUCCUUUCUCCCGAGGGACUGCUCGCGGUCUUCUGUAUAAUGAAUAUACCGUCAAAAUAAUGUCGGCAUUUAAUUGAAUGCCCGAAAUGCAUAACAUCAAUUUAUAUAUUGGGUAGAAUCUCAAAAAUUUUCUCAAAAUAUUCUCAACAUCAGUUGUAAUACACUUUAGUCUACACGAUUUCACACCGCCGUUCAAUAGUCACCGCUCGUCCAUGCCCGCGUUACAAAAUGAUAUUAUAUAAUAGCACGUGUAUUAAUUCAUUUGUUUUUUGUUGCAGGGGGGGAUCAUAUAAUAACAAGCUAGUGCUUGAAAUAUAACAGUAAUUUGGUUAUAACUUCUCUUAUUAUUAGCAUUAUUUCAUUAAUUGUACUGCACUAGUACAAUUAAUGAUUUUCCCACAACAAACAAAAUGGCGGAAAGGUAUUUCAAACAUUUAGCGUGAAAUGAAAUUGCCCUAGAGGAACUAGAUGAAAAUACGAACAAAAGCAUCAAAUUUUGCUUUAACAAAAGAACUAAAUAAAAAUACGGACAAAAGUACCAAAUUUUGGUUGAAAAUCUGGCAGGACUGGGCUUUGGCGAGAGAAUAUAUGAUGUUGACAUUAAGAAGUAUCCAAUUUUGUCAUGCUAAUAAUAAACAAGUAACGGCGGCUCGUCCAAUUUUGGCAAAAUUUCCAAACAUCACUCGUACUAUUAAUCCAUAAUUGUACGAGCAACAUCGCAUGAUUACCUAUACUAAAUGUUGGAUAAAAUAAGUAAGAACAUGUACUAUCACGAAUAUAAAUAUAGAUUUUUAGAAUCUAUAAACAGCUAUGAACGAUUAGUUGUCCGAAAAAAUUAAAAAAAAGGUCAUCAAGUUUAGAUUAGUGUCAGAUAAAGAUUAGGAUUAGGAUUAGAUAAAGAUUAUAUUAGGGUUAGGGCUCAAUGUGUGUCGCGAAUUUAUUGUAUUGAUAUUUUCCGACGUGUUUAACAGUUUACUCGUAUGGUAUGACAAGCCACACCUAAACCGAAGACUCGCAAGAAAAAGAUGGGCAUGAUAGGAAGAACCAAUCUUUCAGCUUAGGAGAGCUUCAGAGCGGUUUGGGAAAGGAAGAAAUACAAAACACAAUUGUUGAAUGUUAUAAAUAAACAUGACAUUAACGGUUCCUAUUGGAUAGAUUUAAUUAGAUAUAAGUAUUGUUUAUGCAAAGGCGGAACCAACUUGACAAGAGCGAAAAGUGGGCGUAUUUCGUUUUUGCGCCCGCGGUCUAAAAGACCGCGGAGCUUAUAGCACUCGACAUUUGUUUGAGAUGGUAGGAAGGAGGGAGAAAGAGAGAUGUUUGAUCAAGACAUCACUGUCGGUGCGUGGUCGAUAUUACUUCGUUGCAUUGUCGUGGCACGAUUUGACGUCUAAUUACGAAUAAUGACAGGAAUGGAUCACAUUUCACAUGACAAGCGCCAGUACAUAUAUAUAGCUCAGUGACCCAGACUAUCUUGGGCUGCUGUGCUCCUUGUAUUAUUGUCGGCCAUAUUGUUUUUGCUCUCUCGUUAAGUUUUAUCUUAAAUAAAACCUUUUUCCUUUAACCUGUCUGGUGUUGGGUCGAGUUGUCUUUCAUUAUUAGAACUAUGAAACUGUAAAGCGUCAUAAAGCAUAUACAGUAUUGCAAAAAGCCAAAGAAGUUUAUGCUGUAACGUUGAUAAACAAUACACUACCGUCUGUAAAUUUGACAAGUUGUUCUCAUAUUUCACUCUACUUUUCAAUUUUUAUUGCAACAUUAAAGGUGAAUUUGUUCCCCCGAGCCUGCAAUAUACAUAUUUAAGUCUUUCAAAUUAAUAAAUUCUAUAAACGCUAUCUCGUCUUUAUGUCGACUGGAACAUCAGUUUGUAUGAAAUUUAUUUAUAAAUAAAAUACUCUAAAACAUUCGUUAAUUUUCCAGUAAGAGUUAUAAAUCUUGCACAAAUUGAAAAACUUCCAAAUAUAUUUUCAAAACAUUGUAGCUUUCAGGCAGCAACUUGUCAAAACAAAAGCGAUUGCGAUUUGCAAGACUGCAUUGCGUCUCAAUAUUGCGCGCAAGAGAACAUCCGGUUUGGCCUGUUAUUUUGAAGACAUCUUCGAAAAAAUAUGAAAAAUUAAAAUUCGAACAAAAUAAUAGAACCAACUGGUCUGAAGAAUGAAUAUAUAGUGAACUAUGGAAAGGAAAGGCUAACCCAUUGUGAUUUUACAGUGUUACAACAAAUUGUUAUUAUAACGAAGCUCCGUGGAGAGCCAUUCAAAUUUGCUUCCCAGGAAAAUUGAAUGUAAACAAGACAAGGGGUAGACCUGUGCAAUUUCUGUUGACUUGUGAUUUUUCAAACAAUAUCUAUAAGCUUUUGAUUGGUUUUUAAAAUGCAACUCGUGCAUGAUUUUCAUCCUGUGUCAUAUAAAAUGGAUGCUGAUCCUAACCAGAAUAUCAAAAAUAGCGAGAAAUGAAUCUAUUUGGUUCUAUAGCUUAGCCUAUCUUCUGCUUAUACUCACCAGUGAUACUCACGCUAGAUCUGGUGAAAUAUACUGAUAGUGGGCGCUUGUGCACUCAGCGUACCUAUUUUUUAUGUGUUGUCGAUCGUCCCUCCUUUCCCCUAGAACGCCCGGGAAGCUAAACCCGUGUAAAGUAAGGAGCGCUCGUAGUCUAUUGUACAGAGCUAGGAAGGAGCGAGACAGUGUUGUUUUCAAACAUAUAAACAUUUCAGACGUAAAUAUUGAGAAAAUCUUUGAGAUUCCACCCGAUAUAUAAAUUGAUGUUAUGCAUUACGGGCAUUCAAUUAAGGUGGCUCAAUACAGGUUUUAAAAAAAUGGAAAAUUCACGAUUUAGAUGCGUAUUAUUAUAUUUGAUAAAUAAAAAGUACCUUGCUUAUAUAAAACAACAUCUAAAGAGUUUGAACUUUUGCACAAAAAUUACGCAGCUGCCGUUGCUAUGGCAACAAUGACGUUUGAAGAUGGCAGUUAUUUUGGCUUUAAAGUGAUGUAACUCAUCGGUGACCCCACAUUGUAUUUUAAAAAGUGAUUUCCCUUAGUAUAUUGAAUUACGUUGACAAUUUUGAAAAAAAUUCUGUGGAGCCGAAAUUUUUUAAAUUACGUAAAGGUGAUUAUUCAUAAUUUUUUUUUUGGCUUCACAGAAUUUUUUUAAAAUUGAUUAUACCAAGAGAAAUCAUUUUUUAAAUAAAAUUUGGGGGUCACCAAUGUCGUUUACGAGUUAAAUUACUUUAAAGCCAAAAUAUCUGCCAUCUUGAAACGUUAUUGUUACCAUAGGAACGGAAGUUGCGUAACCUUUGUGCAAAAAUUCAAAUUCACAGUCGAUGUUGUUUUAUAUAAGUAAGGCUACCUCGUCCCCAGGCGCUAAUAAAAAAUUUCAUGCGAGUCACUAUAUGAAAGGUUUACAUGAAGUAGUGCAUCGCGACGAACAAGUGCAGGGAGUUAUGGGCUUCAGGCAUCGAAAAUUGAGGAGCAAAUUGUGGUUUUUCAACAGUUUUGGGGCUUUUUUCGCCAUUUUUUUUUUAAGGAAACAACAUUUCAAAUUGUUCAAUUAAACAUGUGAUUACAGUCAGAUGAUAUUUGGUAUCAUUUAACGCUUUAAAUGAUUCCGAGAUGUCAAUACUUGAAGAGUUCAACGGGGCUGUAGAAGCCAGUUUAUAUAGUAAAUUUACAAGGUAUGGAAAAAUGACAAUGCAUUUUUAUCACAUUGAGCAAUUUAUUUUAAAAAUAUACAGCUACAAGACGUUUUUUAAACAAGGGAGCGAUGAAACUCUAUUUUGUCAAUUUUGUAUUGCAUCUGCAAGAUUCGUCUCAGGAUUUCUGUUACGAGCUUACAUGCGGUAUGUUUGAUUUUCACGAUGCAAACGAUCGACAAUAUUUUGAAUAAUUCAGGUAAGGAUAGCUUUAUUUCUUUCUGGUGAUGUACAUGAAGGGAUUUAUAUUUCGAUCUGUUGUUUACUUGUAUGUUCGACAGCUAUUAUACAAGAUCGGCCAGGCGCUAACCAGAACACUCAUAUCCCACUCCCCUUUGCGCGCCUAUAAUGUGAUGCACUACUUCAUGUAAACCUUUCAUAUAGUGACUCGCAUGAAAUUUUUUUAUUGGUUUAUCAACAAGUAAUAAUUGUUCAAAAAUUCGCAUCUAAAUCGUGAGUUUUCCAUUUUUUAAAAGCUGUAUUGAGCCACCUUAAGUGCCGAUAUUAUUUUGACGGUAUAUUCAUUAUACAGAGCUUGGAAGGAGCGAGACGGUGUUGUUGUUUUUUUUGAAAUGUAUAAACAUUUCAGACAGACGACGUGAAUUAUUGAGAAAAUCUUUGAGAUUCUACGCAAUAUAUGAAUUGAUGUUAUGCAUCAUCGGCAUUCAAUUAAUUUAAGUGCCGAUAUUAUUUAGGCGGUAUAUUCAUUAUGCAGCGACUGUAUAAGGUGUGACACCACAGAAUAGAUGACUACACUCAGAUACUCAGUACACUGUCGGAAACCACAGAAGCCUGUAAUAAAACUUUGACUCUGCUUACUGAAACUUAGUUUUAGCUUUGUUUAUAUAAUUUGUAGUUUGUAGUUUGUACUCAUACUCAAAUUCAACUUGGCGGAUUUAUAAGGGCGUUUUUGUUUUCAAUAUGGACACCGGUCACGUGACCAAGCACGCAUUCUAGGUUUAAUAUGUCUAUGACGUAACCCACGCCCUCGAUCUUUGAUGAACUUUAGACUUCACUAAUGCUUUCCUGAACUCGGGGAUAAAUAGCCGGGUGGAAUUAGUAUCCUUGCCCCGGAACGAGCCGUUGGCUCGGGGAUUAAUGUGGAGUAUCUAACAUAUCUGUUAUUUUACUUUUCUUGAUCAGAUAAACAUUAAUAGAUCUAAUCUUGCUGUUUAGAUUGUUCAUCAAUGGAGUGGACACCCCUCUCGAUCCUGAAGAGAGAUGUCGUGUCUCGUUGUUUGUUCACAUGAUGCAGUCAGACUGGGAUGAUACCCUUGAGUGGCCAUUUUCCGGCAAAAUUUCCUUGUCCAUUCUUGACCGAAGUGAUGCUGGUGAAUACAAACGUCAUAUCAGUGAAACCUUGGUAACCAGGCCUAAUCUUCUGGCAUUUCAGCGACCUACCACCCCCCGGAAUCACAUAGGUUAUGGAUAUGUGGACUUCACUUUUACUGAAACCUUACAUGAUCGACAGUACCUUAAAAACGACUGUCUUGUUGUUCGUGUUCAAGUCCAUUCGUGUUCAAGUCAGUGUCCAAGUUCGCAUAGCAGUAGCCAAAGUUCAUCUUGAUAAAAUUUUAAAACUUCAAAAACGUGUUCUUCGGUUAAUAUACAUCCUAUGCAAUUCUUACUUUUCUUCUUUUUACUAGGAGGAUUAUGUUCAUGGGGACACCUGUCG